AGCCCGGAGGUAGCCGGCGGCGGCGGCAGCGGCGGCGGGGCGGCGAGCGCAGCAUGCCCGCCGCCUCAGACGCGCCUGCCUCCUGCCGCCGCUGCCCAUGGAGAUCGCGCUGGUGACUCUGGAGAACGGCGGCGCCACGGCCAUCGCGGGCGGCGAGGAUGCCGCGGCCGGCGGCGGCGGCGGCAGCGCCCGGGCUCGGCGGCGGAGCGACUUGCUCCACAUCGCCGGCUCCGCCGCCGCCGUGCCGCGGCUGAGCGACGGCAAGGAGGGCGCCCCGCCGCUGCCGCCGCCGCCGCCGCCGCCGGACGAGGAGCGGGAGCGGCCCCCGCCGGCCCCCCGGGGAGGCGGCGGGAGGCACCGCAGCGGCAGCGCGGGCAGCCCCAACGGCCAGGCGGCGGCGCGCGGAGCCCCCCCGCCGCCCCAACCGCCGCCGCGCGCCCCGCGCCCCAGUGCGGCCAUGGAGAUGGGCCCCCCGGAGGAAGGGGGGCACCGCCGGGGCAUGGCCAUGGCGGCGGCGGGCGAGGAGGAGGAGGAGGCGGCGGCGGCCAACGGGGGUGCCAUGCACCACCAGCGGGUGCUGAUCAACAUCUCGGGGCUGCGCUUCGAGACCCAGCUGGGCACCCUCAACCAGUUCCCCAACACGCUGCUGGGGGACCCGGAUAAGCGCAUGCGCUACUUCGAUCCCCUCCGAAAUGAGUACUUCUUCGACCGCAACCGGCCCAGCUUUGACGGGAUCCUGUAUUUCUACCAGUCCGGUGGCAAGCUCCGCCGGCCCGUCAAUGUCUCCAUUGACGUCUUCGCCGACGAGAUCCGCUUCUACCAGCUGGGUGAGGAGGCCAUGGAGCGCUUCCGGGAAGACGAGGGCUUCAUCAAAGAGGAGGAGAAGCCCCUGCCCCGCAAUGAGUUCCAGCGCCAGGUCUGGCUCAUCUUUGAGUACCCCGAGAGCUCUAGCUCAGCCCGGGCCAUUGCCAUUGUCUCUGUGCUGGUCAUCCUCAUCUCUAUCAUCACCUUCUGCCUGGAGACCCUGCCGGAAUUCAGGGAUGAGAGGGAGAUGCCCGUGCCCCUGCCCCCACAAAGUGGAGGUUUGAAUGGCACGAUCGGGGACUCCCCACCCAUGCAGACACCCAGUAGCCUUGCUGACCCUUUCUUCAUUAUCGAGACCACCUGUGUGAUCUGGUUCACCUUUGAGCUCCUCGUCCGCUUCUUCGCCUGCCCCAGCAAGCCCGAGUUCUCCCGCAACAUCAUGAACAUCAUUGACAUUGUGGCCAUCAUCCCCUACUUCAUCACCCUGGGCACCGAGCUGGCACAUGAGCAGCAGCAGCCUGGGGCUGGCAGCAGCAAUGGGGGUGGGGGCCAGCAGCAAGCCAUGUCCCUGGCCAUCCUCAGAGUCAUUCGCCUGGUCAGAGUCUUCAGGAUCUUCAAGCUCUCCAGGCACUCCAAGGGUCUGCAGAUCUUGGGACAGACUUUGAAAGCCAGCAUGAGGGAGCUGGGCCUCCUCAUCUUCUUCCUCUUUAUUGGGGUGAUCCUCUUCUCCAGUGCUGUCUACUUUGCUGAGGCCGAUGACCCCGAGUCUCAUUUCUCCAGCAUCCCUGAUGCUUUCUGGUGGGCAGUGGUAACCAUGACCACUGUGGGCUAUGGGGAUAUGCGACCUGUCACUGUGGGGGGCAAGAUUGUGGGUUCCUUGUGUGCCAUCGCUGGUGUGCUCACCAUCGCCCUGCCUGUCCCUGUCAUUGUAUCCAAUUUCAACUACUUCUACCACCGAGAGACUGAUCACGAAGAGCAAGCUAUCCUCAAAGACGAACACAGUAGUGCUCAGGGCAGCACAGCAGGGGGAGAUGCGAAGAGAAGAUCCAGUAGAAACUCCCUGAACAAAUCUGUUGUGCACUUGGAAAACAAUGAGGGGUUCAACAAUGACACCAGCUCCUUAGAGAAAACCAAUAUCAAAGCGAAAAGUAACGUAGAUCUCAGAAAAUCCCUUUAUGCACUCUGUCUGGACACCAAUAGGGAAACAGAUUUGUAAGGAGAGGAGAGAGUUGGAGAUGGGAGAUGCAGAAAGAUUUGCUGGUGUCAGAAACUUACUACUAUAACUAUUGUUUUGGUACCAAUUAAUUUUUUAAAUCAGGCUAUAUUUUAUAAAUUGAUCAGUGUCCUGAGUAGUCCUCCAGAAAUACAUGUUUUUAUGUUCUUUUUCCAUGACACAAAGGGUCACCUAUUUUUAAAAUAGACUAAGAAUAAGCUACGCUCCAUGAUGCAGGAGCUGGUAAAUUGUGACAGUGCAAAAUCUAAUUUGUAGAAACUUAUUUUAGCAAAUGGUGGUUGGUUUUAAAUGGGUCAUUUGUAACCAAUUCAGUUGCUCCAAGUUUAGUAUUAAAAGAGUUGGGGGAUGUGUGUGUGGAGAAUGAAUGGACCGGGGGGGGAGGGUUUUUGUACUGUAGUUUCAAACUGAAAUUAUUCCGAUAUAUUUUAUAUCUGUAUAACUGUAUGUAUGGUUGAAAGGGGAUUUCUUAUUCCUGUGAAAUACGACAUCGUUAAAGCACUAGAAACAUUAGCAGAUAAGCACUUUCAGUUUUCCACUUGUGAUCAGUACAGAUCUGGUUAUCUAGUAUGUGAAGUGAAUUUGGUGCUUUUAACCCUAUAGCAGAAAACUUUUAUUGUCAUUGAUAUGUUAGUUUCU